AUGGCUCAAGUUCCACACAAACUUGUGGUUGAAGGAAAUGAGAAGUGCUGGCAUGGAAGUUUAGACAUCUUAUUUGGAAGCAUCAACCUGUUUGCAGAUGUUCUUACAGUAGAAACAAGUGACGAAGAUACCACAGAGGAAGUAAAACUAGACAUAAUAAACGACAGAGAGUCAAGAAGUCGGAUUUUAGCUCAGUUAAUUACUUUCUUAUUUCUUCAAAGAAAGGGGAACAGAGACACAAUGACUUCUUUUUUAGUACCAUGUAUAGCUAUAACAGACGAGGAGUUGAAAGUGUUCUUUUAUGAUUCUGAGCAUGAUUUGCUCCUUGAAAAUAGAGAACACAAACUAUUUGGAGAGGACGGAGAAAUCAAUUUUGAAGCAAUACUGACGUUAUGGUUAGUAAUGAAUUACAAAGUAACUUGUUCUGGAGUACCAAGUACGCUUGUGGCAGCUCCUAAGUCGAAUUUUAUUCAACAUGCUGAAAAACUGUUAGGUGUGUACAAAAAUGAAUUGCAAUUCACAGGGGUGGCUAAAGGCAACACGUUCAAGUCCAUAGAUUACCGAUAUUUGGCUAAAACUAAUGCUAAAUUUGUUUGGCCUCCAGAACAUGAUGAGCCGUAAUAUUUGAUAUAUGUGUAAUACAAAGUAUUUGGUAUAUGUGUAAUAUUUGAUAUUAUGC